UUAACAGACUCUAGUUCAUGUAGGUCGGUACAGCCUCCUCUUUCUGCCUAGAAGUAGACUGGCUAAAAUAUUUAAAUGAGGCAUUUGCCUAACCAUGAUGCAUUUUUCUCGUUAACGUCCUGGAAGAUGGGUGAUGUUUUCAUUAUGGAAGAAAAGAGGGAUAGUACUUAGAACUGUCAAGAAACGAUUUACUUCAUAACACCACUGCAGUCUCUGCGCUGCAGUUUAAGACUCAUUAAGGCUUUUUUAUGAUUAUGUGUACAAGAGUUGGACAAAAAUGCUCACUAUAACAUAAGGAAAGUAAGUCAUGGGGGAUUGUUUUCUGCAGCUGGAUGAAUGAAAAUGUAAACAGGGAACUUUCCUUGUGGAAGAGAAGGGAUGGCAGCAUGUUCCUAGGUCUUAAAAGCAGAGCUUACAGGUUCAUCCUCGCCUACAGAAUAUUCAUAGUCUUCAGGGACCAAUCAAUCCAGCAAAAAAUCGCCAUGGAUAAAAAGAGGCAACAAUUCAGCACCAUGGACAGCAAACUGAGUGUAAGGAGGACAAAUAUGAGCUAUGGAAACACUCACGGACUCUAGGACCACAAUACAGCAGAUUCAGCCAAGAACACAACGGUAUCCUGCUGAAUAACGUAAGGUUUAUUAGUGUCAGCAUGAAGAACAUGCAGCGAAGACACACAACACUAAGAGACAAGGGUAGAAGGCAGGCGAUUAGAGGGCCAGCCUACAUGUUUAAUGAGAAAGGAACCAGCCUCACUCCCGAAGAGGAGCGCUUCUUAGACUCAGCUGAAUAUGGCAACAUACCAGUUGUACGGAAAAUGUUGGAUGAGUCAAAAACGUUAAAUUUCAAUUGUGUUGACUAUAUGGGUCAAAAUUCACUACAACUCGCUGUAGGGAAUGAGCAUCUCGAAGUAACAGAACUACUUCUGAAAAAAGAAAACUUAGCAAGAGUAGGUGAUGCAUUAUUACUAGCUAUAAGUAAAGGAUAUGUAAGAAUUGUUGAAGCAAUAUUGAGUCACCCAGCCUUUGCAGAAGGGCAACGUCUUACCCUUAGUCCUUUAGAGCAAGAACUUCGGGAUGAUGACUUCUAUGCUUACGAUGAAGAUGGAACUCGUUUUUCACAUGACAUCACUCCCAUCAUUCUAGCUGCACAUUGCCAGGAGUAUGAAAUUGUUCACAUACUAUUAUUAAAAGGAGCAAGAAUUGAAAAGCCACAUGACUACUUCUGCAAGUGCCAUGAAUGUACUGAAAAACAGAAAAAAGAUUCUUUUAGUCAUUCUAGAUCGAGAAUGAAUGCCUACAAGGGAUUAGCAAGUGCGGCAUAUCUUGCUCUUUCCAGUGAAGACCCUGUUCUUACUGCCUUAGAGUUAAGCAAUGAACUAGCAAGACUGGCUAAUAUUGAAACAGAAUUUAAGUUGAGCAAGGUGCUUGAAACGAUACAUUCCAAGCAGUUCAUUGUGUUCUGUGAUUGGCCUGGUGAUUGA